CCCUUUUAUCUCCCCCUGCCCCUGCUCGCUCUGCCGAUUUUUGUUUUUAUGCUUCCCCUAGCAAACAAACAUAGCUGAAUAGUGAUUAUAAAAACAACAAACAUCCUUCUACUAUCUUCGUCACUCAUAUCGUAAAGCUUUAUCUCUUUUAUUUUUCUUUCUGUUCAUGAUUUCAAGGCCUCCCUUUUAAAUUUCAAAGCUUUUACAAGAUUCCAUUUUUAUCCUAAAUAAUCGUUUUUCUUCUCCAGCAUGUUCUUCCAUUUGAAGGACCUGGUUAAAUAGAGGUGGAAUUGAAAUGGAAGGGGGUGUAUUUUCAGGCAUAGGUAAUGGAGCACAAAUAGAUGGCAAGGUAUUACAAACAUUCGAAAAGAGUUUUGGGCAAGUUCAAGAUAUUUUAGACCAAAACAGGUUGCUAAUCAAUGAGAUUAACCAAAACCAUGAGUCAAAGGCGCCUGAUAACUUGACACGAAAUGUUGGUUUAAUCAGGGAGCUUAAUAGCAACAUUAGAAGGGUGGUCCAUCUCUAUGCUGAUCUCUCUACCUCCUUCUCCCAGUCAGUGGAGGCCUCAUCAGAAGGAGAAUCAGGUGGCACAUUAAAAUCCGACGGGAAAGCCAGUCAGAAAAGGAUUAGAUCCGGGUAGUUUAUUGAGUCACAAGCAUUCUUGUAAGUUUUAUGUUAUUCCCCGGUGGAAUAAGGAGAGUAUUUUGAUAAAAAGAAGGAAAAAAUUUGAUGAGCUUCUGUUAGUCCUAUGAAUGAAUUACAUGUAUAAUGAUGUUUCAAGCUUCAAUAUAAUGAAUUACCAGUGUCAUCUUGAAUAACAGUAUUAUCAACUCCUUAAAAUCAA